AUAUAGAACACUGAGUAACACAGACAGCUUCAUAGCUGAGAGUGUUUAUAAUAAUAAGCUGCCUCGGCAAUGAAUGUUGUCGAUAUAACAUUUAGAUUUGAAAUAUUGAUAAUAGAUAAAAGGUUUUGAAGAAGAGAUGCGAUAUUUAAUGUUUCGGUUAAACAGAGCAGAUAUCAUACCUGCCAGACAUCAGUCGAGUGUGUAGUUGCAUCGUAGCGCGUACACAGCUUUAUCAAAACUCAUCUUUAUUGAACUCAGAGCAUGAUGUCUGCUUGUCCCAAGCCCACAAGAAUGGAAACAGGUUGCGGUAAAUACAAUUGUGUUCCAGCGAUAGUAGCUGUUUCACAGAAACCAAAGCACCUUGCAGUUAUUUGUAUAACAGCAAACAUCAUUCUUACGUUGGCUUUUCUAGUCCUUAUAAUAGUCUGGGCAGUUGUAAGAACGCCUUUAACAUUGCUGAAAGAAAGUUCAGCGUGCAUACUUUGCGAUAGAACGAAGUCUAAUGCUUACACAAACCCAGACCAAGAAGCUUCUGGACAUUCUGUUAUCAAAAGGAGAGACGAUGGGAUGUGCUGCGGACGUGUCGAAAGCAUCGCUCAGAUGUUGUUUCAAAAGGAAAUGGCCGAGUAUUAUUACAGUAGUUCUAGUCAAAGUCUCAUUGACAUAGCAGAAGAGUAUGCUGACUGUGAAAGAGAAACAAACGACAAGCAGCCCAUUGCUAAAGUAGUUGGAAUUGUGGAGUUCAAGCCAAGCUACAUUGUUGAGGGUCAUUACAGGGUCAUUUGGAAUAAAAACGGUCGUACAUUUUACUCCAAUAACUGCGUUCACUUGGAACUCGAAGGCGAAAUAUUUGUCCGGCAGCCUGGCUAUUACAUCGUUUCUUCGCAGCUCAUUCUACAUCGACAAACGGAGACAAGCACACCGAACAAUGAAACCAGGCCAACAACGUUCAUUCAUCAAGUAAACCUGCUCUCACACAUGUAUGGCACGACAGUGACGAUUAACGGUCACGUAUUUGCUGUUAAACCUGCUAGACAUCGUCUGCCGGUCUCAAGUACGGAAAAUGGGGAGAGAAGCAAAUGUUGUAUUUCACUGCACGUUCAAAGGGAGGACAUUGAGGUGGCUCACGUUUGGAUUGCUGAUUUUACAAAUAAUCCAGACAUGCACUUUCCUCGGUCUGAUAUCGGGACAGCGUUUUAAAUAUUCGACCUCGUUACCACUCGAGACCAACAUGCAGUGUAUGACAUGUGAUGAUCUCAAGUCACCCUUAUAUAACAUCCUAGACACUGAUAAGGACAUCAAUGCACUUCGACAAAGUCAUAACUCUUCUUUAUGUUGCGGCGCCGUCCAAAACAUUGUACAGCUUCUUAUUAAAAAGGAAACAUCAUUGCAGUUUUACCAGACCAUCACAGCAGGUUCAAGCAACAUACUAGAAUCGUUUAUCCACAACUGUGACUUAGAAGAGGACCUUAAAACUCCUAAGGCUAAACUAGUGGGUGAAGUAGACAGCGUUCCAAGUUUUAUUGUUCAAGGCCAUGCAAAGCUUCGAUGGAAUAAAAACAAUCGCACAUUCACUGAAAACAACUGCAUACAUCUAGAACUUGAAGGGGAAAUCUUCAUACGAAAACCAGGAUAUUACAUAGUUUCGUCAACACUGAAUAUCAAUGCCAUGAGAAGGAAAAACACAACAGAAACAUUUAUUCACAACGUUAAUCUAGUGUCCCACAAAAUUGGAACAACUAAAGUUCUCAUGCAACGCAAAAGAUCCAUCACAGAAUCGGACGAAAGUGAUUUUACAAGUGUUAUGUCCGCAGUGUUCAGGCUCCAAAUGUAUGACAGGAUCUCAGUGUCAGUGAGCCAUCAAGAGUAUAUAGCACGUAACUCUUCAACUGACAAUUUUAUUGCAUAUUACACGUAUGAUUUAAAUUAAAGUAUUAAUUGAAAAGACAAACGUAUAUUAGUUGUAGUUAACUAUGUCCUGUUUGAGAAGUAAACAACAUUAGCAUAUGUUUUCACAUCGCAUGAGUUGCACAUCGUGAAAUUUAUGAUAAAAUAAAUUGGAAAUUUAUUGGAAGUAUUUUUACACCGAAUGUCAAUCAUGAUAAAGGGAAGGCUUGUGAUGAAGAACAAACUGUCUUCUGGCUGCAUUUACCAAACACUCGCUUGUACAACGAAUAGUCCAUUACGACAUUUUUUAAAAAAAUCUCAUUUUUUUGUUGUAUUUUAGUUCUGUCUCUACAGUACCAGCACUCGCUAACUAUGAAUUUGUAUAUUUUAUGAAACAAAUAUCCCCUUAAUAUAGGUAAUGAUACUAUUUCAUUUUAUGAAUAUUUCCUAAUGUUUUGUUUGUGUAUUAUGGAAUAACACUUAAGUAUUAGCUUACCUCCACUGUCAAUAAUAUACACAUUUCAUAUUUUGUUAAGGCUAAUAGGUUGUUUUUUACUCUGUUUUUGGAAUAACCUCAAUGCAAUCCGUGUAUUAUAUGAAAUCGCAUAUGAAUACUUAUUAUAUAGCUGAAAUGAAGCAAGAAAAAUUACACCGAAUAAUAAUAUAUCAGUUACAAUGUCAUAAAGCAAUUUUGUAUAACGAAUAAUAUUUAGGUAUAAAGACAUAUUUCUUUGAUUUUCCUAAUGUUUCUAGGUAGAAGUGGAUUGUCCUUCAUAUGUAUAUAGUUUUCAAUAACUAAAAGGACAGCUAACAAAAAGGAACUGCACAUGUUUCUGCCUUCUUUCCAAGAGGAAACAAGAAUUGUAAAUACAACUUCUUCUUUUUUCUUUCUUUUUUUGGUGUGUGUGUGUGUGUGUGUGUGUGUGCGUGCGCGCGCGCGCGCGUGUGUGUGUGUGUGUGUGGGUGUGUGUGUGUGUGUGUGUGUGUGCGGGGGGAGUUACUGGUUAGAGAUCAAUGGUUCCACAGAGAACCACUCAUAAAUAAUUCGCUCACCCUUAAACUUUGUCGCUUUUGUUGUUGUUGUUUUUUUAAAUGAGAGCUCUUAAGUGUUUGUGUAAAGUCAUGAUUCUACGAAUUCUUUAAUUGUACCCUUAAAUAUACCUGUUUAUUAUAAAACUGUUAGAGAUACCUACUUUGUAAACGUAGAUGUUAAACAGAACUGGGCAAAAGCGGUUACUGGUCGACCUGAUUCAUUGGUUUUAGUAAUAUUUGGUUAAAUUAUAACAAUGAGACAAAGUGUUUUCCAAUGCUUAAACGAAGAAGACGUGAUCAGUUAGUUCAACAAUGGUUUGAUAUUGUUUUUUACAGAGUAAAUUAGAGUAUUACGUUAAGUUUAAUAAGGAGUUUAUAAUUGAUCAAAAAUUACAGAAACCAUUGAUAAAGAUUACAAUCGAAUUGCUUUGUUAAGAUUCAGUUUGACUGCAAAUUCAUUAGAAAUAGAAACUGGAAGAUACAACAACAUUCUUAGAGAGAACGGAAAAUGUUAAAUAUGAAAUACCAAUACGGUUGAAUUACAGAGUACCACUUUUAGUGCUUGUGUCCGUUGUUUACUGACCCAAGAACUAGAUAAAACCUGAAUCGAUCUUUUAACAUCAUUAACAAAUUAUAUCCAUCAAGUCUAGUAUUAACAGUCGGUUCUUUCAAAUUUGAAUUUAAUGCUAUGACAAAUUGUACUGAUACAGUCGCUGUCGUAGCUUCUUGAUCUGAUGCAAUGCAUUGCUUUAUUGAGUUUAGUCGGAAUAUCAAAACAUAUUUCAUAUUUGAAUGUGAUGCUAUGACAAAUUGUACUGUCGCAGCUUUUUAAUCUGAUGAAAUGUAUUUCUUUAUUUAUUUGAUAUUUAUGUAUCUUCUUUAUACUCAUCAUAUAUAAAUAUGUUUAUUUGUUCUCGUGUGUGACCAUCUGUGUAUAUAUUAUGAUGUUUGUAUUAGGCCAAAGGCAAGUAUUUGUUAAUAUUGCCAACAAACUGAAACUAUAUUAAAACUGAUAUCAGCAA